AUGGUGCGCCCUAGCUUGAUGGCGAAGAAUACUGAUAUGCACUGGCGCCUACCUUUGGUUUGCCUCCUCUGGGAGGUGGCCAUGAUUGUCCUUUUUGGCAUUUUUGUACGCUUCAGCCCUGAGGCUAACGUGGCUGAUUGGGAGAAGGAAAAACACCAAAGGAACAUCUCUGAUGUGGAGAAUGAAUUCUACUUCAGAUACCCCUCUUUCCAAGAUGUCCAUGUGAUGAUUUUUGUGGGUUUUGGCUUCCUCAUGACCUUUCUUCAACGCUAUGGCUUUGGAGCUGUUGGCUUCAACUUUCUCCUUGCUGCCUUUGGGAUCCAGUGGGCUCUCCUGAUGCAAGGCUGGUUUCAUACCUUUGAGCAUGGGAAGAUACUCAUUGGAGUAGAAAGCCUGAUUAAUGCAGAUUUCUGCGUGGGUUCUGUUUGUAUCGCCUUUGGUGCCAUUUUGGGCAAAGUCAGCCCUGUGCAGCUGCUCGUUAUGACACUGUUUCAAGUGACCCUCUUCUCCGUCAAUGAAUAUAUCCUGCUUGACCUGCUUCAUGUGAAAGAUGCUGGUGGAUCCAUGACUAUUCAUACAUUUGGUGCUUACUUUGGCCUAACUGUGACCUCUAUUUUGUACCGGCCCAACCUUGAGCAGACCAAAGACAAGCAGGAAUCUGUUUACCAUUCAGAUCUUUUUGCCAUGAUUGGGACCCUGUUUCUGUGGAUGUACUGGCCCAGCUUUAACUCAGCCAUUUCCAAUCAUGGGGACGCACAGCACCGAGCUGCCAUCAACACUUACUGUUCCCUUGCUGCUUGCGUCCUCACUUCUGUGGCCUUCUCUAGUCUCUUGCAAAAGAAAGGAAAGUUGAAUAUGGUCCACAUUCAAAAUGCCACCCUGGCUGGGGGGGUGGCCGUAGGAACAUCUGCUGAAAUGAUGCUGACCCCCUAUGGUGCCCUCAUUGUGGGCUUUAUCUGUGGCAUCGUGACAACCAUCGGAUACGUCUUCAUCACACCUUUCCUAUAUGCUAAGCUACGUAUCCAAGACACCUGUGGCAUCCACAACCUUCACGGAAUGCCAGGUUUAAUUGGAGGCAUCGUCGGGGCCAUCACUGCUUCUGCUGCUACAGAAGAAGUAUAUGGGAAGAAAGGGCUCACCAACACAUUUGACUUCACCGGAGAAUACAUGUAUCGGACACCCAGCAUCCAAGGGGGAUUCCAAGCAGCUGGCAUCGCAGUGUCAUUGGCCAUGGCCUUGGUGGGGGGAGCCGUUGUGGGUGGCAUUUUGAAACUGCCCUUGUUUGGUGACCCUACAGAUGAAAACUGCUUUGAAGAUAAUGUCUACUGGGAA